ACAGCCUUGAGCCCCCUGUACUAGCGCAAAAACUGCUAGCUAAGAUGAAUAUCCCCGAUGAUAUCACCAUACCACCGCAUUCCAUUAAGAACAUCAUCCACAAGACGGUACAAUACAUCAGAAGAAAUGGGCCAGAGUUCGAACAGAAAGUUCGAGAGUCCAACAGCAAAUUCACAUUCCUGAAAGACACUGACCCCUAUAACAGCUACUACAAGUUCUCCUUAGAGAAUCUGCCGAAUGAGGAUGAGGCUGACCAACUGGAACAGAAGUUGGAAAAGGUGGAACCGGUUGAUGAGCUGGAGUUCUUCAUGAGGGACUUCCCAACGAUAUCAGUCAAAGAUCUAGAGAUUGUUCAACUGACAGCUCAGUAUGUUGCCCAGCAUGGAGAGACAAAUGGGAUCCUGGCAAUCAAACAGAGAUAUCUGAAUGAGCCUUUGCUGUUUGCCUUUACGCUCCCUAAUCACAAAUGGUACCCACUUUUUGCGUCCUUGGUUAAACAGUACAAGUUAGUUAUUGAGAGGAAGUACAGAGUACUCUCAGUUCAUGAUAUGUUGGAGAGAUGCAAGCAGAGAGCACUCUACGAGGAGUCUCAAAGAACUAAAGAAGAUUCCAAGAAGAGAUUGGAAGAGGCCAAGAGGCUCAAAUUUGCCAGUGUUGAUUGGAAUGACUUUAUUGUCGUUGAAACGAUCACAUUUGAUGAAGUGGACCUUGUUGCGGAACUGGCCUUGCCAGUCACGAUUGAAGAACUACAGCUAAGAUCAUUAGAUACGAAGAGUAAAGAGCUGACGAUGGUAACCCCAUCGAACAUUCCAAGCGGUCCUCCAGGCAUGAAGAUACGAGAGUCUGGAACCACUAGAAUCAAACAACAGAGAUCGACGCAACACAACACAGGUGGAAAGCUAAUCCAAUGCCCAAUCUCCGGUAAGAUGAUCCCAGAGAAGGACUUUGAAAGACACAUCCAAAUCUUACUGAGAGACCCAAAGUAUUCUGAGGAGAGGAAGCGGUACGAGGAGAAAAUCAAGAAUAACAGUUCAAACCUGAGCGUGGAAGAAGUUGCGCUGAACAUCAAGAAUCUCUUCCAAUCACAAGAAGCUGACGACUCCAACAAGAGACAAAAGGUGCUGUGGGAUGGUUAUCAAGCCAGUAAAGAUUAUGUUAGGCAACAGAACAGAGCCACAAGAGAUGAGGUUGAAGAGUACAAGAGGAAACAACGCGAGCCUGAGAUUGGGCCAAAGAGAAGAUAAAGCAUCAGACAGUGUGCAUUGGCAUUGGCAUUGUGUUUUCCUUUGCGUCUCACCAAAGAGGUGGUUUCUGGAUACAUCAGCUGCCUCGAAUAUGAUGCUGAAUUGCCAACACUGCGCGGACAAUACAUCAGCUUUAUUAUACAAAGGUAUACUUUGGGGAUGGCCAUACUGUUCUAAGGUUGUUAGUUUAUGUUUUGAUGCUCAAUGUGUCUAUAAAUGAGAGGAUUCAACCUGAUGGUCUUUAUGAAGAGUGAAAGAUUAUUGAUUCACGAGCUCUGUCUUAUAGACUUCCUCGCAGUGCUUGUGUUUGAUCAGUAUGUCGAUACCAUGGUAUAUAUCCCGGCCCAACUAAUAUGAUAGAGACAUUUCCCAGGGUGGAAGCCUCGGAUUACACACUGCUCCAUGCCAUAACUGAUAUUACCAUAUUGUAGUACUACG